AUGUCAGCCCGCUUGUCGCAGCGCCAAUCUCUUGCGUGUCGCGAGUGUACUAGGAAGAAGAGAAAGUGCAACAAAGAGAUCCCAUGCGCGAGAUGCAGCCGUCUAGGGCUCCAUUGCGACCGCGAAGUCGUCCAUCUAAGGCGUAACGCCGUUCGACACAGUGCUGAGAUCGGGUUUCUCGAGACUCUGCGGGUUGAGCUACAGGGCAACGACCCUGCUUCGGUGAGGAGGGCAGCGAAUCUGGUGGCAGCAAGACUGGUAGCUCUCCAGUCUGGUCCGGGGCAACUCACCGAUAAUGUCCAGGCAGCAUAUCCCGUUGAGUCCGGGAGUGGGCAGGAAGAUGAUCCCGGGCAAGAUGAAGUCACAGCUUCGCAUUUUCAAGCUCGCAGUUCGCUCACGGUGACGGCGUUAGAGCACAUGGCAUGGGGUAGAAGCUACGGAAACUGCUAUCCUCACCUACGCUGCAACUGCCAUCAAAGAAGAGAUUUUACCGGCACAUCCACGACCACAGGUCUGUCGCCGUCCUUCGGACUAUCCGGCCACCCUGUCCCAUCCCUGGCCCUCCUCCCUGAGAGGAGCACGGCCGAGAUACUCAUCUCAUUCCACAUAGAGCACAUAGCAUGGCACCACAACUCCUUGCACUGCCCGUCCUUUCUGCAGCAGUGCACCACGUUCUGGAAUUCCGGCGUGUACGAUCAGCCACAGUGGCUUGCGCUGUACAGCGCGGUGCUCUCCUCGUCGCUUCUGAGCUGGCAGAAUAGCUGGAAGCAUCGCGAUGCGUAUCCGCUCACCCUACCAGGAUGUUCGCCGCACGACUUGUUCAACUUCAUGGUGGAAACUCUGUACCAGGCUCAUUUUCUCCAAAACGUGUCAAUCUACUCUAUCCAGGCCAUCGUCAUCUCUACAGAAGUAGCUCACAAUCUUGGCCUCAGUCAACUGAAUGCUACUUUUUUCAGCGCCGCGAUUCGGAUGGCCGAGUGCUUAGGAAUACAUAAGAUCACAAUUGACAGCCCCGACUUGCAGGCUGUAGACGAAAUAUGGGACGAUACUCUGCAAAGAGAAGUCGGUCGUAGAGUUUGGCUCCAGAUGGUCAUUCAAGAUCACUUUGCAAUCCCCUUUACCGACUCGUACGGCAUUAACCCGUCCCAUUACUCUACUUCAUUCCCCAGAAACGCCAAUGAUGCAGAUUUGACAGACGCUCCAGAAGAAGUUCUGACGGUAAGCACGUAUGUUCGUGUCCUGGGUGCCAUCGCGCAGCUGAUGCCGGAACUCGCGGAUGGUAUGGGGCCCUUGAGAGCUCAGAAGUCAGCACGAGAGCAGUACGCCCAUGUGCUCAGGAUGGACCAAAAGAUGAGAGAGAAGGUGCAAUCAAUACCCCGUUUUCUUUUGCAGAAAGAUGAGCUGCUUGAGAGCCAGUGCGCCUGGCUCGGGAUCGCGCGUCAAAGUCUGGCCAUCACCGCCGCUGAAAAGAUUGUCAUGAUUCAUCGGCCAUUCCUUUUCCUCUCGUUCCAAUCUGAUUCCUACACCCACACGCGCCGUACCUGCGUCGCGGCAGCAGUCACCAUCUUACGCGAGCACAAAAGCAUUGUAGAAUCAGGUGAAGUCUCCCUCUGGACACACGUCGCCUUCAGCAUUACCGCCGCCAUCAUCCUAUCGUUUGAGGUUAUAUGCGAUCAGAGCCUAGAACGAGACAGUCGGCAAGAAGGCUACCUCGACGCGAUCCGUGACGCACGAGAGCACCUCCUGGGCCGGACGACGAACGAUAUCCUAUCGCACCGCGGCGUGGUGCUGAUUGAUGCCAUCUUUUCCGAAGUAGGAGGCAUAGAGUCCUUUUCGGAUCGGACGCUUGCUGCUAGGCCUGAUGCUAUCAAUUUUGAAGAGAUUGCAGCUAGGUUCAAGACGGAUUGGUUUAUACUUGAUUCCACCACGGCUAGUCUUGGGCAGUUUGAUGUCCCGGAAGAGCAUUACACCAUGUCUGGAAACCCCUCUGAGGAUUUUGAUGAUUGGUUCCAGCAGAUAUUUCACUCGACGGUAGUUGAAUAG